AUGUGUUUGAGCUCUUCAGAACCAUUCUCACACACACCCACGAGAUUAGUUUUGUACCUCAAAACACAUACCCACGUUCGUAUCCCUCGCCUCUCAAGGAGGAGAAGGAUGUGGCGGGAAGAAAAGGAGAUGGAGAUGAACAAUAUAAGGCUUUACAUGGAGAAUCAACGCAUCAUACAGGAGAACGAGAAACUUAAGACGAAAGCUCUUCUUCUUCACCAAGAAAACAAAGCUCUCUUCUCUCUCCUUCAGACCAAAACAAGCUUCCAUGUUCCUUAA